UCUCACAUCCACACCAGCGGAAAAAAGUAAUAAUCCCCACCGCCCAACCCCAACCCCCACCCUCCCCGGCGCGUGCGAUGCUUCGGCGCCGGCGGCGGCCACGGGUGGUGCAGUGAUGGUGGGCUUCUUCCGCAGCGGCAACCUUGCCUCCAGGGUGUUCGACCGCCAGUUCCUCUCUCCGCGCCCCGGCGCAACCGUUAAUACUGUCAGACACUUCUAUGAGAAUUUGGUUCCAAGUUACACUAUAUACGACAUAGAUUGCCCAGAUUAUUCGUUUCGCAAGUUCACUGAUGAUGGCAAGUAUCUUGUGGCCUUUAGUCGAAACCACCAAGAUUUGAUUGUGUACCGUCCCAUCUGGUUAACGUUUUCAUGCCAUGAAGAAUGUGAUUCUCAUGAUCUUCCGGCCAAUGCAGAGAGAUUUGACAGUUUCUUUAAGCAGCUCUACUCAAUCUCACUUGCAUCCAGCAAUGAGUACAUUUGUAAGGACUUUUUCCUUUACAUGGAGUGCCAUCAAUAUGGCUUAUUUGCAACGUCAACUGCACAAAGUAAUGACUCAAGUGCCACUGACGGUGCAAUUCACGGGGUACCAUCAAUUGAGAAAAUAACUUUCUAUCUUGUGAGGCUAGAAGAUGGUGCAAUACUAGACGAGAAAGCUUUCUGCAAUGAUUUUAUCAAUUUGGCUCAUAGUAUUGGUGCUUACUUGUAUGAGGAUCUGGUUUGCAUUGUCUCUCUACGAUAUCAAACAAUACAUGUCCUACAAAUCCGAGAUUCAGGCAGCCUUGUUGAGGUACGGAGAAUUGGUGCAUUUUGCCGGGAAGAUGAUGAACUAUUUCUUUAUUCACAUGGCCAGGCUGCACAAGGGAAUUCUUUUCUUCCUAGCAUCAAGCAACGGUUGCUAUCAUUUAUUUUUCGGAAGACUUGGAAUGAGGAACCUGAUCAGGCUUUGAGGGUCCAGCAUCUGAAGAAGAAAUUUUAUUUUCACUUUCAAGACUAUGUGGAUCUUAUCAUAUGGAAGGUACAGUUUUUGGAUCGCCGUCACCUAUUUAUCAAGUUUGGUAGUGUCGAUGGAGGGGUUACUCGAAGCACUGAUCAAAACCUAGCAUUCUUUGCUGUGUACAACAUGGAGACGACAGAUAUUGUCUCACUCUAUCAGCAGAAUUCUUCGGAGGAGCUGUAUUCAUUGUUUGAACAUUAUUAUGAUCAUUUCCAUGCAAAUCCUCAAAAUUCUUCACAUGAGAAAUUUAUCUCGUCGCAUUCCAAUAGUGUUCAUGCUCUUGAUCAACUUCGCACCAUUAAAAAUAAAGCAAGCAGCUCCUCACAGUUUGUGAAAAAGAUGAUGGCAUCACUGCCUUACACUUGCCAAUCACAAAGUCCUUCACCAUACUUUGACCUGUCGAUUUUUCGUUAUGAUGAGAAGGACAUUGUAUAUCCUGCUAUUUGUAAAAAAAAAAUGAGAACAGAGGGGAGACUCCUCCAUGUCUUAUUCAUAUAGGAGAUGACAAGACUCAAACCCGGGCCGGCGACAGCAACCUUUGUGCUGUCUAUCACUCCACCCAGAAGAGCUUCUCAUAUCCUGCUAUUUGUGACAUGUAAUAUGUGUAGCUUCUAUCCUCUUUGAAUAAAUAACAACAAAACAAAAAUUAUAUGUGCAGAGUUAUUGGCAAAAAAUAAUACAUAGUACAAAGCAGCAUCUUAUAAAAUGUUUUUCUACUUAGAAUGUUAGUAUCAACAUCUGACUUACACAUAUUGAUUAUACUUGAAAAUGGAGCCGCUAUGUUUUUUCUCAUGUAUCCACUUGUUAUGACAUUAUUACUGCAAAUAGAUACUAUGCAUUGCACUGUAGUCAGAGGUCCUGUUGGCCUGGGAGAUGAUUGCCUGUUUGCAUGUUGGUAACUUGGUGAUGAUUUUGCAUAUUUGUUGGGAGAGUGAAGAUGCAGCUACAUUGCCAUUUAGAGGGGUGGUUGCUGGUGAUCUGAUUAAAGAAAAAUGAGAGAGUAUAGGUGUGGUUGGCGUGAAGGGAAAGAGUUGUGCAGUAUUAAAAUUUCAGUUCAAUUUAUUUUGAUGAGAUCGGAGCUGAGCAGGGGCGGAGCCAGAAAUUUUGUGAAGCCCGGGCAAGUUUGAGCCUAGCUAACUGAAUGAUGUAAAAAAAUUCGGGGGUUUGAAUCAAGUUUUUUUCCUUGAUAUCGGGUUUUUCAGGUAGGGGCCAAAAGAACCAUUUUUUGAAAAAUCAUUUUGGCUUUCUCGCCUGAAAUUAUUUAAACAAAUUUUUAUUUCAAAUUCAUUUAGCAGUAGAAUAUAUAGUAUUUAACCAUUUGUAUACGAAAAUCUUUUUUUUUUUAAAAACCACUUGGCGCACUUUAUUAAACUGAAAUCAAAGUUACAUCAUCCACAAUGUCCGAAAGUAAAAAGCUGGGAGGAUCACCAUCCCAAACAAAAGUAGAAUUUAAAUUGAAACUAUGUCUAGCAAGAUUGUGCGCCAAUCUAUUAGCCUCCCUAGGGCAAUGAGCGAAGGAUACCGCACCAAUACGGUAUGCUUUUUGAAAACAAUCAGCCAAAAUAGCAGUAUAGGGGCUCCAAAUCUCGAUCACGCCAUUGCAUGCUUUUUGAAUAACUUCCAAUGAGUCAGAUUCAACAAUGACUUGAUGACAGCCAAGUCCUUCAACCAACUCUAGUCCUCGCUGAAUGGCUACUGUUUCCGCUGUCGUUGCAUCAAGGAGAUGAUGAAGCAGCCAGGAUGCUCCCGCAAGAGCCUCUCCUCGGUUGUUUCGAAGAAUUGCCACUGCUGCACCCGUUCCAUCUUAAAAAAAGCGGCAUCAACAUUUAGUUUAUACGCAAAUCUCUUUGUGUUCUAGCAGUGAACACGCGUUAAUCCUUUCCCUAAUGCGUGGGUUUGAGUCCUCCCUAACCCACUGUGGUCAUAAAUUUUUCUUUUAAACACUGAUAACAUUAGAAAUCAGGCUGGCGAAAUUGGUAGUCGGCCUGUGACCUCGAAAGCACUUCCACCAGGCUAGGGGCUAUGUUGUGUUAAAAUAUGCAUACAGAUUCUAUUUGAUACUCCCUCCGUUUAACGCUCUUUUAUAUUACGGGACGGAGGGAGUAGUGUGAAAAACGCUCUUAUAUUACAUUACGGGACGGAGGAAGUACUAACUAAACAUGUAGCAAAUAAAUUCAGGGUCUGAAGAAAUAUCCGGUAACCGGUCGGUUCUUUAAAAACUUGACCAGUAGAAAACCUUCAUUUAGAUAGACAACAUGUAAAAUAGCAUCAAAAUCCCAGACCACAAAUCUACAUUAAUAGUGAAGUGAAAUUAUGAAUUAGCAGUCAUACAAAUGUAAUUUUGAAAUGAAGUAAUAUAACCUCAAUGACCAAUUCUCCAUGGCCGAACCUCAAAAUUUGAACCUAAAUAAAUCUACCAAUCUCCAAAAGUGCAAUCUCACCUAAUCUCGGAGGAGGGGACAAGCAGCUGCCGGCCGAUGAUGCAAGCCGUUCCUGGUAUCCGUUUUGGCACAACCCUCCGCCGGCCAUGUACCCAGCCUAGGCCUGCAUCCACUCGCCGCCAUUCCUUCUUCGAUCGAUCUAGGGUGGCGCCGUCCGGAACAGCUGAACAAGCGGGGUCGUGGGGAGUGGAACGAUCGACCGAUCGUGCUUCUUUUUUGUUUGAGAAAAAGAUCGUGGUCCUUCUCGUCUGAAGUAAACAACAGCCGAACAGACCUCUUGCUAGGUUAGUAGCCCAGUAGGCCCAGUUCUCAUCUGAUUUAACGUCAGGGCGUCAAGCAAGUCUCGCCUGAUCCAUUACUUGAAGGAAAAGGAAACCUUGAUUAGCAAACCAGAACGAGCCCAGCUGCCUGGGUAAAGCACGAUGUGUUGACGGUUUUUCUCAAUGUAACGGAGCCAUCGUAGCUGGCGCGUACCUAGCGAGCCCGGGCAAAUGCCCAGGGUCGCCAGGCGCUGGCUCGGCCACUGGCACUGAGAGAAGCAGUGGCAGGUGAUUCAAACCAGGGAGGUGGGUCAGCAGGCUGCAAUACUUCUUUUGUGGGUUCCAGCAAAGGAGAGAGUAGUGGGUGCUAAGCACUGUUGCUAAAAUGCAAGCUUAGCCCCUGCAUGAGGUUGGGUUGAGGUUGUAAGUUAAACCCCUUCUACUUCGCAGAAGGCCUGGGUAGGCUAGGUAUUUCUUGGAAAUUUAGUAUCCGUGUUCCUAUACAAUGUGCGAGUUGUUUUAUUUAUAUAUAGUAUAACACUGCACUUGUUUUGGACUAAUGGCUUUUUCAUUGCUGUAGUAAUUUAGCUCAAAGCUAACCUAUGCAAUAUGAGCGAUUCCAUCGUGAUGAGUAAUGACAGUACUGGUUUAGAUGUGUCCAACUUGCACUUUCUAAAUCAUUUUUAUGACAUUCCAUGGCUUUGUUUAUCUUCUCGAUAUUUGUCGUACUCAAGUGCAUGAUAGUAAUUUUCCCUUCAUUUGAUAUAUCGUGUUGUUUCGUUUCCUUG